GCACCGUUCAGCCGAAAAACAUAAACCCACUCAUCUCUCCAACACACUCUCUGUUCAAAACUUAAACCCUAGCAGCAACCUUCGUCUCUGUCUCAACAAAAACCCUAAUUUUCAAAAACGCAAAUUUCACAGUGCCUUAAUUCAAUCAUGCCCCCAAAUUACAGCCGCAAGAAGAAAUCUCGUGACCCUUUUUUCGACGAUGAUUCCACUAAACGCCGCAAAGUCGCCAAAGUCGCCAAAGUCGCCGCCGACGAGGACCAAGACGCCGAGAUUGAUAGUGGUUCUGAUGAAGAUGGAUUUUUUGAUUCCAAAGAUGAACCUGAACUUGUAGAAGAAGUGGAGAAUGCUGAUGAAACGAGGAAGAGAAUAGCUAAGGAUUAUUUGAGGAAGUUUCAAGAAAGUGCUAGGAAAGAGAAGGAACUAAGAGAUGAAGAUGAUGAUGAUGAAGGAAGUGAUGAAGAUGAUGAAGGAGCCAGAGAUUCGAUUAUUGCUCAGAGAAUGAUAAAGGAACAGCAAGAGGAGAGUGGUCGCAUUAGAAAAGCUAUUGCUUCAAGGGUUCAAUUGGGGGGUGAUGGUGGAUUUGAAAAUUUGGUGAAGCAUAAGCAAUGUGUCACUGCUGUGGCAUUGUCUGAGGAUGAUUUGAAGGGGUUUUCGGCUUCGAAAGAUGGAGGCAUUGUGCAAUGGGAUGUUGAGAGUGGGAAAUGUGAGAGGUAUAAAUGGCCUAGUGAUUCUGUUCUCAAGUCUCAUGGCUUGAAGGCUCCUCAGGGUUCUGCAAAAAAGCAAAGUAGACAGAUGUUGACUUUGGCUGCGAGUUCUGAUGGUCGUUAUUUGGCAACUGGAGGACUUGAUCGUCAUAUUCAUAUAUGGGAUACUCGCACUAGGGAGCAUCUCCAGGCUUUUCCUGGUCAUAGAGGUCCUGUUUCUUCUUUGGUUUUUAGGGAAGGAAGUACUGAGCUAUUUUCUGGUUCGUUUGAUCGAACGGUUAAGAUAUGGAAUGUUGAGGACAGAACUUACAUGAACACUCUGUUUGGCCACCAAAGUGAAGUACUAAGCAUUGAUUGUUUGCGCAAAGAAAGGGUGCUAACUGCAGGGCGUGAUCGUAGUAUGCAGUUGUUUAAGGUUCACGAAGAGUCACGUCUUGUAUUUCGUGCUCCUGCAUCUUCCUUAGAAUGCUGUUGCUUUGUUAAUAAUGAUGAAUUCUUGUCUGGUUCGGAUGAUGGAAGCAUUGAGCUUUGGGGUGCAGUAAGAAAGAAGCCUGUUCACAUUUUGAAGAAUGCUCAUGCUUUACUGACAGAUAGCAAGAAAUCUGACCAAAAAGAUAGUGAAAUACUCCCCAACGGUAACCUAGAAAAUGGUUACCACCAUCCCGAGAAUCAUCAUUGUUCAUCAGUACACUCUUGGGUCAGUGCAGUCACCGUUUGUAGGAACACUGACCUUGCCGCAUCUGGUGCUGGUAAUGGUUUUGUUAGAUUAUGGGCAAUUGAAAACGAGGCCAAAAAUAUUAAACCUCUUCAUAAUGUACCGUUGGAUGGGUUUGUGAAUUCUUUGGCUUUUGCAAAAUCAGCACGAUUCCUAGUUGCUGGAGUUGGGCAGGAACCUCGUCUAGGAAGGUGGGGACAAAUACGUGAAGCUCGGAAUGGAGUUUCAAUUCUACCACUUAAAUUGUCAUGAUAUGUGAGGCAAUGAGUAUUGUACCUCUUCAAUUUUGACUGCAAUUCAAAAUGCAACAUUGAGUUGAAAGAUAUCUCUGUCUGCGAUCUUAAAUUAUAUGUAUCAAUUACAUUUGUUAUUAUUUAUGAGUAACCAAUUGUUUAAGAGUUUUAAAUCCUGAAAUGUGAAUCCUACUUUGAAAAAGGUAAAGGACUCAUGCUGAACUUAGUUGGGUACAAAAAAAUCACCCUGUUUACUUAGCCUUUAGUCUAUAGAUUGUAGUUCUCCCCUAAAAAAAGUUGAUAUUAGUUUUGAUAUCGA